AAGGUUCCAGUGUUUUUUUCUUUGGAACUCACCAGACAGCAUCCAUACCCACUGAAAAUAUAGUGACCUACGUAGGGAACAAGGGCAGAUAUGGGAAAGGAGUGCGCAUUAGAGGUUUCACAGAGGGAAUGUGGGAGAUAGAGAACACUCUAGAGUAUGCAGUAAACAGAAGGUGGGUGUUACCCCAGCUAAAAAGAGCAAGUGGAAAAGCCAGACCCGUCCAAGACAUGUGCACCGGUCAAAGCCCCUAAAACACAAGCAAAGACUAUCAAGGCAGUGAUGGCCCCGGGAAACAAGGCGUUACCGGGAAACAAGGCGUUACCGGGAAACAAGGCGUUACCGGGAAACAGAAAAACAUCUGCCGACGGUCGACAGAGAACCGACACGCCGGCCAACACAAGAGCUGAGAAAAGGAAAAAGAUCGGAAUGCAUUCUUCCCAGGACGAGCCUGUCCAAGGGCACAAGACAGCCCCGGCCAGUUCAGCUGUAAUCCCACCAGCCAGCAAGAAGACUAGAUUGACGGAGGAGAAAAGCUCGUCCACUCAAAAGAGCGAGAAGACCACAGAAGAGAGAAAAAACAGGAGGAGAGUAGAGGGAGGAAGAGGAAAAAGGAUGACGAGGGAGAGAAGAUAAAGGAAGUUGGUGUUGAAGAGGGAAAGAUUGAAGUCAGGAAGAUGAGGAAGGUGGAAAGUUUAGAAACAGACAAACAAGUAAUCCACAAGGAAGAGGUUAAGAAGGGGGACGAAGAGGAGGAGGGUGGGGUAGCAGUGAAGGGGAACGAAGAGGAGGGUGGGGUAGCAGUGAAGGUGAACGAGGAGGCUGGGUUAGCAGUGAAGGGGAACGAAGAGGAGAGUGGGGUAGCAGUGAAGGGGAACGAAGAGGAGGAGGCUGGGGUAGCAGUGAAGGGGAUCGAAGAGGAGGAGGCUGGGGUAGCAGUGAAGGGGAUCGAAGAGGAGGAGGCUGGGGUAGCAGUGAAGGGGAACGAAGAGGAGGAGGCUGGGGUAGCAGUGAAGGGGAACGAAGAGGAGGAGGCUGGGGUAGCAGUGAAGGGGAACGAAGAGGAGGAGGCUGGGGUAGCAGUGAAGGGGAACGAAGAGGAGGAGGCUGGGGUAGCAGUGAAGGGGAACGAAGAGGAGGAGGCUGGGGUAGCAGUGAAGGGGAUCGAAGAGGAGGAGGCUGGGGUAGCAGUGAAGGGGAACGAAGAGGAGGAGGCUGGGGUAGCAGUGAAGGGGAACGAAGAGGAGGAGACCGAUACUGUCACAGAGAUCAGUCCUGGUCAGGAUGAAGAGUGA